UCGUUCUUUUAUAAGCUCUGUUACGCCAUUGGAACUACCAAAGCCAGUGUUAUGAAGUACCAAGCAGUCUGGUUAAUAGCUGAAGGUUCUUGUAUCAUAUCAGGCUUGGGUUAUAAUGGCCGCUCAGAGGAUGGUGUAGUCCGAUGGGAUGGAUGUAGCAAUGUCCAUCUACUUUUAUUUGAAACCGCUUACACAUUCCAGCACGUUAUAGAUGCUUUUAAUUUGAACACUAAUCAGUGGAUGUUUAGAUAUUUGUACAAAAGGCUCCGUUUCCUUGGAAAUAAACUUCUCUCACACUUUUUAACGCUCGUCUUUGUGGCGCUGUGGCACGGUAUCGCUCCCGGCUUCUUCCUGUGUUUUAUUGGAGAGUUCGUUAUCAUUGUUAUGGAGCAGCAACUCUUGGGGCUUUGUCGUCGUGUAGUUCAGACGCCAUUCGCAGCUUUCCCGCCGUUAUUGAAGAUACCCAUCAUCCUCUUGGGUGUUUGUUUGCGACUGACAGGCGUCGCGUUUUUCUUGAUUCCGUUCCUGCUGCGGAGACUGGACUUUACUCACAAGGCGUGGCUUUCUCUCUAUUACGUGGGCCCUGUUAUAUUAGUUACUUGGUUUACUCUUUACCCAACGUUUUUCAAGCCAUUGGCAAGAGUUCUGAAGAGAAAAACAGAGGAUUCGAAUAAGAACAAAUUAAAAGAACCAAAAAAAGAAGAGUGAAGAAAAUUGACCCAGUUGGUCUUCCCAAGUCCAAGCGACCGUGUGUCAUGUGGCUUUUAUGCUGUUGAACAGUACAUGAAUUAAAGAUAAUAUUUUUAAGGAAUCAUAACUUAUACAUACAAAAGUAUUAUAUUUAAUAUCAGUCUUGUUAAGACUAAUGGAAUAGCUCUAAUUACAGACGUAUGCGGUUUGUGACGUAAAAUAACAAGCACUAUGAGACGACAGAAAUACUCAGUUCGUUUUCAUAUCUUGAUUAAACCGUAAUAACUAUUAAUCGAAGGAAAAGUUGUAAUUGUCUUUUUCUAUAUAUUGAAUUGAGUAUGCUAAUUUAAACAGUUGGAAUAUUAAACUAUCGGGAUUUUCGUUGUAGAUUUCUGACUGUUGUUAACUGUUAUUCCGUUUGGCCAAUUUUGCUCGUUAUGCAUCUUUCCCACAGAGCAAGAAAAUUUCAUG